AUGCUCUUCCUCUCCACGGCCGCGGCCUCGUUGGCCCUCCUCUCCACCGCCAGUGCCGUUCCCCUCAAGGCCGAAAAGCGACAAGACGCCGUCGACGUCACGUUUGGCCUGGUUGUCGGCAACGUAGACCUCUUCGACAGCAACGAGGUCCAGUACUUUGGUUUCUCGUACGCCAACAACUCGGCGUACUUUGGCCAGAUCCGGUACCAGACGUACUCGGAGCCGCUGGUCAUGGCCGGGGCGCACGUCGGCGGCGACACGCAGGGCACCUUGGUCUUCGACUCGAUCCACUCGAGCCCCACGGGCUGGCAGAACGGCUACAUCCAGCCGGACAAGACGGCGCCGUUGCAGUUCACCGUCCCUCACACGGGCGGCAGCGUCCCCGCCGACGCCGCCUCCACGGGCUUCUCCUUCGGCCAGGCGGGUUCGCUGCUGUGGAACGGCGAGAACAAGUUCUGGGCCUGCCAGAACCCGGAACUCCAAGCCCUCAACACCUACCAGAUCUGGUGGAACGGGGCUGGCGAGUUUCCCCUCGGCGUCGACUGCAAGGGUCCCAUUGACGCCAACAUGGUUGCUGGCUGCUAA